GAGAUUGCUUUUCUUUCCAUGCAGUCAAAUAUAUUUGAGUCUGAACAAAUUGUCACAUCACAAGGUUUAUUAUCCUGCUGUGUAACAAACACCGCUUUCACUUCCCAGGUAAUUUACUCUCCCAUAUAUUCCCAGUCAAAGAUUUCAGUUCACUGGCCCUUUGCCUCUUCAAACUCAAAUUCUUCUGUACUAAAACUGAAGGCAUUAUACACAGGUAACAAGAUAGAUUUUUUUUUCCUCCUAUUGGCACUUGCUUCAAAUAAAAAAUAUUAAGAAAAGUAGGAACUCCGGCAUCCGAGCCUAAGGGCAGUUGGAAGAGACACAGAAAUGAUCCUUUCUGCAUCCUGUGGAGCCCUACAUGUACUUAAAACAUCCACGUGUGACUGAGCAAAUGGGGAAGAAUCUGAUUCUUGUCUAGGGAGCAUCCUUGGGGCUCUGGCCCCCAGAAAAUCUUCAGCAGCAGAAAACAGGAGGUGAUUUCCAGGAGCGUAAUUUAUCAGUACCAUGUUGGAAUGAUAGCAGCAGGGAAUUACUGCAAUUUUUAGUCAUUAGAACAUUUUUUGGAUCCAUUUGGGGUAAGGAAAAGAGAAGUGGGAAUUAAUUCACUCGUGUGAUCAGAAGGAAAAAAAAGAAAAUGAGUUUUAGCUGAAGCACUGCAUGCUCAGCUCCGGCUCUGCAAGAGAAGUGUUGGCACCGUGACUCAGCCCUAGCAGAGAAGGGCUGCAGCCUCCCCCACGCUAUCUGGAACAACCACGGCUUCAGUAAACAGCACCAAGCAUGAGGUUGAAAAGACUCAGGCGUGCAGUGCCCCUUCCAGCAAAACACGGAUACCCCCAGCUCACGUACACUGAAAGGUCUUAAACAAAAAUAAGGAAACAAACUAAAUUGUAUCCCAAGCGUGCUGUGCAAGGCUGAUUGUGCUUCUCGCAUGAGCACGGCAUGCUGGAGGCGCGCUGCAUCCUCACGCAGCAGGGAGCUGGCAUCCCACAGCCAUCGCAGACCCAGCUCGUCCUCCACUUCUUGCUCACUUCCUCGGGACUUACACUUCGCACGCCUAACGAGUUACAAACGGGAGUCAUUUGCUAAGCACCAGAAAAGUGUUUUCUUUUGCUUGCAGAUACAGAAUUUCUGCUGACUGAUGCACUGAUGGCACUUUCAUAGACUUGGCAGUUGCUUUAAUCAAUUAAUUAAUUGUUCCUCAUUUUGCUACAGCCCUGUUGCUUUGGUCCAGGGAUGUAUCACCUGCUAUGAUUCACAGGCAGUCUUUGAAAUAGCUAGCAGAAAGAAGACAAAGUUAGAGAGUUUCCUACCUUUUGUGAAACAGAACUUCACCUCCUGGCCCUGGUAGAUAAAAACCAAAACCCUUUAACUCUAUCCUGUGCAUCAAUACUUUUAGGUACAGAAAGGCUACCUUGUAGGCUCUGCUUUGCAUUCGUUCACAACGUGAAUGAACUUUCUCUCCCGUCUCAUGAAUAACUAAGGGCCAGAGUUUAAAAUAGAUUUAGGCAGAUAGAAGCCUACUUUCAGAGCUCCUUCAGUGCCAACUCCUGUUAAGAGAACUGCUCUUGAAUGUCCUGCUUAGGCUUCUACCCGCAUCCUUAGAUAACCAAGACUGUAAAAAUCUGUCUGUUAGAGCUUGAUCCGAAGCCACAAGAUACACACGCUGGUACGAGUGGAAAACAGCAAUAUGUUUUGAGAAGCAUGCUUGUUUAACCACCAGGUGACGCCCAGCCCGGAACAAGUGCCCAAGGCCUGGCACCCCCACGCAGGGUCACGGCUACGGCCCCAGCACAGCCCCUGCAGGUAACACACACAGACUAUGGGGAGAUAAAUAUCCCCAUUGCAGUGGGCUCGUGAAUCCAUGCGCACUUCUGGAAGCCCCUUUUCUGCUCCACAGAUGGUGCUCCGCACGUGCAAUGUUCCCUGAGCUGGGAUGUGACCGGUACGCGGUCGUGGAGGAACCGGUCACAUUUUCCCUGUAAUGGGGCUGACAUUUUGCUGCACGGGCAGGGAGCGCCUGGUGCUGCCAUGCAGCCUCCUGCCUAGCAGCGGGAUAAUGGGGCUGGAGAGCAGCUUUGAAGCUGAAUUUUCCUUCAAGUGGGGGUCCCAGCAAUAGGCUUGAUGAGGAGAGGAUCAUUUUGGGAUGUGCACUGGCUGCAGACGAGCAGGAUGAUUCAUCCCCGCCUGUCUGUGAGAUGAGGUAGGUUUGUUGAGCUCUCCGCAGAGCCACACAGUGCAUCAGCAGCAAGCUUGCAUCUAAUAAUAAUACCCUGUGAACAAUUAAAAUAUAACUCCAUUUAAGGGUGAGAUACACAGCUUGGGUAAAAGACUGUAGGAUGCAAAAAAUGACACCAGGGUGUAUUUUAAGACAAACCAGCUGAACAUACAAGGUGGUUGUGCAGCACGGCUCACUCCCCCGUGCUGGGUGGCUGCUGCCACCCCCUCAGAGAGCAGGAGCAAAGCCCCAAUCUCACAGACUGUUGGGAGGUUUUGCUGUCCACAGGAACAACAGCCACUGAGGACACCAAAGAGGUUUGCCCCACCUUUGGUUUGGGGCCAAACGGGCAGGUUUGGGGGCCGGGAGGCUGGGCGUGCAGGCAGGUUGGGAUUUGCAGCAUUGGGCAAAGCUCCCGGUGUCCCAGGUCUCUUGGGACAUGAGAGGAAAGCAUGGGAGCAUGUAGGAAAGGUCCCACAUUGCUUUGGGAGCUAGUGAGGCUGUUAGGAAUGCCCCAGAGCUCUGAACACCAGAGCCAGCAGCAAACGAAGGGAAACAAGAACUCAGUGUCAUUUCCACAUCUUCGAGCUCAUUGUUGGCUAUCACCCAGAACUGUCUGAGCUCACCUGAGGGAAGGCAGGGAGAAUUUUAUCUGAUAAAACAGAUUGGACAGAGAGAGAACAGAUGAUAGUGCUUGUGCCAGAAGCUCCUCGGAAAAAAAUAAAGAACUAGCCAAAGAGAAAUAGAUUUAGAGACAAAAGAAGGAGUAUGAACUGUGCGCAUUUUCUGUGCCUCAGUAUAAUGCCUUGCUACGCUGGCUGCCGAUUGCUACUCACACACACACACAGAGCUAUGAUUUACAUUGAGCUGCUGGCCAUGGCAGGACAGGCAGCACAGCACGUGCAGUCUGUUGGAGGGGCUCAGCAGCCCCUGCCGCCAACACCACCUGCAGCAAGCACAGCCCCGUAACGCCUUUGUGCCACUGCUGCAGCCCUGGCAGCAGAAAAUAGAGCCACUCCAUCCCACUCGCACGCCGUGGCUAUUUGUACAAGUGCCAGCAGCACGCACUGCCCUGCAGGUUACAUCUGCCUGCAUGUUCCUAAAAAUGCAGGGGCAAAUUCAGCCCCGGGGGGGAGCAGUGAUCUUCAGUGACUCUGGUGUGACCCUGGGCCCAGAAGUGCCAAAACAGAAGCGUUCAUCAAAAUACAUGAAUUAAGCCCAAUCUAGAGCAUUUACAGAGCUAAGUGGUUAAUGAGCAGUAAGAAGUGGGUUGCUGGUGAUUUUACAGCUUCUUUGUAGGACACUUGAACAGCUGCUGCAUUUUCUAAGUGGCUGAAUGACAGAGGAUGGCUCACUUUCUGUCGGUCACUUGAGCACACCCGUGGUUUGCAUCCUGCAGGGAGUGCUGGCAGGCAGGGACAGCCGGGGACACCAGCAGGUGUUAUUUGGGUAGUAGGGAACACCAGUGCUAAAGCACUGGCAUGGUUUUGGUGGGUUUUUGUCCUGGGAAAUGAGAAUUUCAAGCUCAUCACCAAUGUAAACUGGUGCCAGCUUGACUUUGGGAGCAGGCAAUGCCAACACCACUGAAAGCUUUGGUGUGGUUCCCUUUGAGGUAGCGGUGAAUCGCUGCAUGGAGAAAGAUUAGCAGGACCCUUUGCUGACCUAAUCCAACUAUUCCUGUUUUCCUUGGUUUCCUUUCUUCCUGUUAACAUGUGAUUUGUGAACAACUGAAAUUUAAUUUUGAAGCGACUGUGAACAUCAAUAAGCUCAACAGCCCAGCUGCAGUAGGGAAGCACUUCUCCUAUGAAAAUACCGUCACAUGGUGUAUGCCACCUUUUCAAGCAAGGGUUUGCAUCCUCAGCUCUCUCCCUGCAGGCAAGGAUGUACUUUACUUACAGCAUGGGAGCAGCUAAGAAGUCUCCCCCUGAUUCUGCAAGGAGGACCAAGUGACAUAAAAGGCAGGAAGCCACCUGGGAGCACUUCCAUUUCCAUCCCUACCCAUAAUUAUUUUCAUCUUUAAUUCCAGUUUUCAGCUCUCUGGCAGCUGCAACUCACUCAGAGACAGAAGAAAAUAUGUCAGGGUCUGGAGGACAAAACACCCAGAACUGCAAAGCAUCAAUGAAAAGCAAGGGUCACACAUACUGCCCAGGCUUCUAACAGCCCCUCCUGAUCCAGUCCGCAUCAUUUCCUCAUUAAUCCAUUUUGGAAGAUCUUUGAAACACUGCAAACACCUUAGUAAGGAUGUGGAACUAAUUACUCCAGACCCAGAAUCAACAUUUCUUUUGGAAAAGUUUCCCUCUGCAAUACAUUUUGGCUUCAGAGAGCAGUGCGUCACUUCUUGAGAGCCCCUCCUUACUAGCCCUGCUGCCACAUCUGUCCCCAGCCUGUCCCCUCCUGGCCACAGGCUCAGGCUGCUCCCCCAAACCCUGCUGGCUCUGACUUUCUCUCUCCCUCCUGCCCUCUCACUUCGCUGAUGGGACAUCCCCGAGUCUCCUGUAAGGCAGGGGCAUUUGAAGAAGAGCCUGUCUUAAUCCCACAGGAGUUCAGCAGGGAUCAAGGUCUUGGAAAAUCCAGUUGCUGCUCCUACCACACAGCUUGGAUUAAAAUUAAGAAGUGAACUUGUACUGCUGCAGCAUCAGGGCGGAAAACCUACUGCUCACUAGCUUUGGCUUAAAACAGCAGUUCAAAUGUGCAAGAAAUAGCAUUAAAAACAAAGCCCCUCGGUGACAAACUAUCAGUAGGUAAUAAUAACCUACCAGAAGGCGAGGAGCUGGAUUUCAUGCCCCGUGUCACUGUGGCUCUGACCCCAGGCCCUGCUGGGGGGCAGUGGCUCUGGAGCAGGGCUGCAGCGUUCUCACUGCGGGGCUGCAGGUGGAGAGGAAAGAAAAAAAAAAACACAAAACCAAACAGAAAACAAAACUACUUGUCUUGUUUUUCUGCCUCAGAGACACACUUUUCUCAGGCAAAAGCUUUUAGGGAUAACGUUCCCAAAUCAUUGGAAGACGCCUGCCCAUCCUUUCCUAUUGGUUGCUAUGGUGAGAGGUGACGGAGCCCGAGAUGGGUAUAAUACGAGGCAGCACGCGGGGAAGGGAUUUAGAGGAGGCAGGAGGGACCCGGCGGUGGGAAGAGGGGAAGGUGGGAAGAGGGGAAGGUGCCACGCUGCUCACCAGCACCGAGGGGCCGCUGCGGACCCGCCAGGGGAGGGGCACAAUGAACAUCGAAGUGCACAACAUCACUUACACCAGUGCCACAGUCUCCUGGGCCACAAACAACCCUUGUCCGGAGAAUUACUACCACGUCAUGUACCGCCCCAACUGGAACAGCGUCUUCGCCGGCUAUUUACGCCAAAACUUCCACCGUGAGGAGCGAGUUCCCCACUCCCUCAGCUCCCUCGUCCUCCACCGACUCACGCCCUCUACCAUCUACGUCCUCUGCAUCACGUGCAAGAACUCCUACCCCUCCAGCAACCACUGCACCACGUUCCACACCCUGGACCAACCCCCCCUGCUUUUCGGCGGCUCGAAGCACGAGCCCACCACCUCCAUGUGGAUGGUGAGCAGCCUGCUGCUGCUCUGCUUCAUAGCCCUCUUGGCCUACGGCUGCCUGCAGUUCUGGUCGGCACGGUGCCGCGGGGCUUCCAGGCUGAAGGAGCCUGAUGGCAGCUCAGAAGAAGUGGGCGAAGGCAGCAGCUCGCUGGAUGGUCCCUCGAGCGACGGACUGAAAGAAGAGCUUCUGGAAGUGCCCAUGACCACUGUGCUAAUGAGGAGCUCCAGUUUCAUGAGGGAGAGCCCAUAUAGUUCCCCCCGCUGCUUCUUCCCCUACAAGAACAGCGAUGACAGGAGGGCCAUCUUGCCGCAACACGGCCUUCAGUGAGAGCAAAAGGGAGGCUCUGCUUAGAAGUUUGGUUCGUGCUGCUCUUCCCCAGCUCUUGCCAACACGAGCAUCUGUGUGUCCACAGGGGCUGUUUGUCCCAGGGCAGAACAUGAAGUGGGAUAUAUUAGCCGCAGGGAGAAAGGUUUUUGUCAAGUGACAAAAAUAUUCUCAUUUACAAAGCAGUUUUUAAAAGGAAACCAAGUCAGCUUUCUGGAAACAGCCAGGCUAGGCUGACUGUAGUGUCAUUAUCUAAUCUGCAUCAGUACUGUAGAUUCACUUCAAAAUCAUCAACCAAUGUACACAAGAAAUAAACCCCACUCCAGUAGUUUCAUGCUUGAGUGAUUCUCCAUUAGCAUCACCCCCCAAGCCCUCAUAAUGCUUGUAUAAACAGUAAUCAUGGCCUGACAAAAGAGCUUUUUGUCAGUAUUAAGUAGUCUACAUUUGCACAGAAGUAUUUUAGUAAUUCCCUUUUUGAACUACUAACAGGAUUCCUGAAGUAACACCUUCCUCAGGGAGCAGCACUGCUCUGGAGCUCCAACUCGCUCUCCUCUCUCUGCAUUUAGAUGGAUGUGACUUGGUCUUGGCACCAAUGAGCACAGAGCAGUGUCAGUUCCCCCUAACACAGGCAUGUUACAGAGAAAAAUAUGGGAAAGCAAUAGCAAAAAGCACAGUGAAGCUGCUUCUUGCAUGGCUUUUUGGUUUCACACGGCAAUGUGACCCAGUACAUUUGCAUCCACCACACUGUUAAUGAACUAGUUCUUGCAUUGCUUUCUUCCUAAAUAAAGGAUUCCAACAUCCACCCCUGCUGGCUGCUGUGGCUCAU